CAUUAAUCAAACAUAAUGGCAGCAAUUUCCUUCGUCCUCCUCCCCCUCGCCUUCCUCACCCUCCUAACCCCUCACAAAGCCGCCACCUUCACCAUCGUCAACAAUUGCUCAGACACACUCUGGCCGGCUGCAGUGCCGUACGGCGGCGGCAUCCAUCUCAACAGCGGCCAAACAUGGACCUUCGAAGUCCCAUCCGGGACCACCGUUGGCCGCGUGUGGGCCCGCACCGGCUGCUCCUUCGACGACUCCGGCAACGGCCAUUGCGAAACCGGCGACUGCGGCGGAAAACUCUCCUGCGCCGCCUACGGCUCGCCGCCGAACACAUUAGCAGAGUUCGCCCUCAACGAGUUCUCCAAUCUCGACUUGUUCGAUAUCUCCCUGGUCGACGGGUACAACGUGGGGAUUAAUUUCAGCCCGGCGACGGCGAGCGGGUCCUGCCAAGGACAACAAUGCGCGGCGGAUUUUGUUAGGCAGUGCCCGGCGGCGCUGAAGGCUCCUGGAGGAUGUAAUAAUCCCUGUACUGUUUUUAAGACGGAUGAGUAUUGCUGCUACUCCGGCAGCUGUGUGCCGACCGACUACUCGAGGUUCUUCAAGAACCUUUGCCCUGACGCCUACAGCUUUCCCAAGGAUGAUCAGACUGACACCUACUCUUGCCCCGCCGGCACCGACUACAGAGUCACCUUCUGCCCCUAAAAUGCACGCAAAUCUUUCUUGAUUCGUGUCAUAGUCCAGCUUAGAAAUUAUUCUGUGCGGAGUUCGGAUUAGAAGAAUCAUCAAGAACAUGAUCAUUCGGACAUAUGAGUGUGUACAUAAUAUACACAAUAUGUGUACAUAGAUGUACAUAUAUUAUGUAUAUUGUGUGUGUACACUCAUAUGUCGAGAUGAUUCUUCUUAUUUGGACUCCGCAUAAAAUAAUUUCUCUAUUCUAGCAGACACAAGAAGACUGAUUUUUUACCUAAAUCUUUUUGUCAAAAAGCUAUUUAAAAAUCAAUAAGAAAGCAGUUCCAAAGGAAGCCAUAAUAUAUGGUGUUCAUGUUUGAUUUGUUGGCUAUCAUUGUAUAUUAUGAUAGCUUACACAUGUAUAGCUUAUGUUAUGUAAUAAGGGCACUUUGAGUAUUUUAUCUUU